AUGAUUGGUCCCGAAGACAUUCGCACUCUAUUGACGUCCGCAUUAGAGCCGCAGAUGAUGUCAGACCUCUUGAACACUAUUUGUCACUCAAAUGAUUCGCAACUAAUUUACGCUGUUUUGAGUCAAAUGUCUAAAACUCCGCGAUUCGACACAAUUGUCCUCUUUUUGUCACAAUCGGAUCAAAAAGUUUUGGAGACAAUUAUCGAUAAAUUAAAGCGAAAUAAUUUCGAUGAGAAACUCAUCUCUGAGAUCAAGAUAUCGUUCUUAUGAUAGGAAUUAUGACAUCAAUUGAAACCAAUGUUUAUUUUUUAAGUCAC